AUGGCUGAAAAGACGCAAUCCAAUUUCGCUAUCGAUUUCUUGAUGGGUGGUGUCAGUGCCGCUGUCGCCAAGACUGCUGCCUCCCCAAUCGAGAGAGUCAAGUUGUUGAUCCAAAACCAAGAUGAAAUGAUCAAGCAAGGUUCUUUGGACAGAAAAUAUAACGGUAUUGCCGACUGUUUCAGGAGAACUGCUCAACAGGAAGGUAUUGUUUCUUUCUGGAGAGGUAACACUGCUAACGUUAUCCGUUACUUCCCAACCCAAGCUUUGAACUUUGCUUUCAAGGACAAGAUUAAGGCUUUGUUCGGUUUCAAGAAGGAGGACGGUUACGGUAAAUGGUUUGCUGGUAACUUGGCUUCUGGUGGUGCCGCUGGUGGUUUGUCUCUAUUGUUCGUCUACUCUUUGGAUUACGCCAGAACCAGAUUGGCUGCUGACUCCAAGUCUUCCAAGAAGGGUGGUGAACGUCAAUUCAACGGUCUAGUCGAUGUUUACAAGAAGACUUUGGCUUCCGAUGGUCUUGCAGGUUUGUACAGAGGUUUCCUACCAUCUGUCGUUGGUAUUGUGGUUUACAGAGGUUUGUACUUUGGUCUUUACGAUUCUUUGAAGCCAUUGUUGUUGACCGGUUCUUUGGACGGUUCCUUCUGGGCUUCUUUCCUAUUGGGUUGGGUUGUUACCACCGGUGCUUCCACCGCUUCUUACCCAUUGGAUACCGUUAGAAGAAGAAUGAUGAUGACUUCUGGUCAAGCCGUUAAGUACGACGGUGCUUUCGACUGUUUCAGAAAGGUCGUUGCUGCUGAAGGUGUCGGUUCUUUGUUCAAGGGUUGCGGUGCUAACAUCUUGAGAGGUGUCGCUGGUGCCGGUGUUAUCUCCCUAUACGAUCAAUUGCAAAUGAUCAUGUUCGGUAAGAAGUUCAAAUAA